AGAAAGAGACAGACAGAAAUAGAAGGCAAGCGACAACAGCUUGACGAGCAGGUACUGCUGCUCCAGCAUUCCAAGUCCAAAGUGCUUCGGGAAAAAUGGCUGCUGCAGGGAAUGCCCGCAGGAACUGCCGAGGAAGAAGAAGCCAGGAGAAGGCAGUCUGAGGAGGAUGAGUUCAGAGUCAAGCAACUGGAGGAUAACAUUCAGAGGCUGGAGCAGGAAAUACAAACGCUUGAAUGUGAAGAGUCCCAGAUAUCAGCCAAAGAACAAAUCAUCCUAGAGAAACUAAAGGAGACUGAGAAAUCCUUCAAGGACUUGCAGAAGAGCUUCUCCACUGCGGAUGGAGGAACUGGGUGGGAGAGUAUGCUGCUAACAGUGGAGGAGGCAACCUUGGGAGCUACGGAAACAUCCUACCCAGACAUGACUAUCAAGAAGCCACCCCAGCUUUCCCGGGAUGAUAGCCUCCUAAGGAACGCGAGAGAAGACUGCACUGCCAAUCACCUGGCACCCGCCGCCAGCGCUCUUCCCCCAGAUCACAAAAACAUGGAAAUUGAGGUGUCUGUUACAGAAUGUAAAAGCAUUUCUGGAGUCACUUCGACCCUCCACUCUACAGACCGCUCCUCUCCUUUCUAUUCACCCUCGCACAAUGGCCUCCUCCCCGACCACCACGAGUCCCUGGAGAAUGAUGUGGCCAGGGAGAUCCAAUAUCUAGACGAGGUGCUGGAGGCCAACUGCUGUGACUCUGCUGUGGAUGGAACCUACAACAGAACCUCUUCCCCAGAGCCCGGUGCAGCGAUCCUGGUGGGCAGCCAAGGCCCACCUGCCCACGAAGCCACCCAGCCAGAACCUGCAGAGAGAGCAGCUGGCAGGCCAGCUCCUCCUCACAUUGAACUCAGUAGAAGCCCCUCGGACACCAUGGCAGAGGCAGAACGAGCAAACGGUCACACCCCGGACCCACCCCUAGGAGACAGCCUGCAGGCCCCUGCGAGCCCCAGCUCUUCCACCAGCUCCCGCUGUUCUUCCCGCGACGGGGAACUCACACUUACCACGCUCAAGAAGGAGGCCAAAUUUGAGCUGCGUGCUUUCCACGAGGACAAGAAACCCUCGAAGCUCUUCGAGGAAGACGAACAUGUGAAGGAGCAAUACUGCGUCCGCAAAGUCAGGCCCUCUGAAGAGAUGCUGGAGCUGGAGAAGGAGCGCAGAGAGCUCAUCCGGAGUCAAGCGGUCAAGAAGAAUCCUGGCAUUGCAGCUAAAUGGUGGAAUCCUCCCCAGGAAAAAACCCUCGAGGAACAGCUGGACGAGGAACAUCUGGAGUCGCACAAGAAGUACAAGGAGCGCAAGGAGAGAAGGGCACAGCAGGAGCAGCAGCAGCUGCAGCAGCAGCAGCAGCAGCAGCCGCCACAGCUCUGUGCAGCCCCUGCAUCCUUUCCUGACCGUUCAGGUGGGACUGAACACACCAAGGAGGCCAUUGUCACAGAGCAGAUAGAUUUCUCUGCAGCGCGCAAGCAGUUCCAACAGAUGGAUAAUUCCAGGCAAACAGCGGCCAAGGGCCAGAGCACACCCAGGCUGUUCUCCAUCAAGCCUUUCUACAGACCUUUGGGCUCCAUCCACUCAGACAAGCCACCAACCAUCCUUCGGCCAGCUUCUAUGGGGGGAUCUCCAGAAGACAACGGCACAUCGGUGGCAAAGGGGCAGAAAGCGCCCUGUGUGCUUUCUGAGAGCCAGACAACAGGAGGAGGCCCAGGCAGCACAGCCCCUCAGGGAAAGGAAGGACCUUACAGCGAGCCCUCCAAACGGGGUCCCUUAGCCAAACUGUGGGCAGAGGACGGAGAGUUCACCAGCGCCCGGGCGGUCCUCACCGUGGUCAAGGAUGAUGAACAUGGCAUUCUGGAUCAGUUUUCAAGAUCGGUCAAUGUGUCUUUGACCCAAGAAGAGCUUGACUCAGGCUUGGAUGAGUUAUCGGUUAGAUCGCAGGACACCACGGUGCUGGAGAGUCUGUCCAAUGACUUCAGCAUGGACAACAUCAGCGACAGCGGGGCCUCCAAUGAGACUCCCAACGCCCUCCAGGAAAACUCACUGGCUGACUUCUCUCUGCCUCACACUCCGCAGACAGACAACCCCUCAGAAGGCCGAGAAGGGGUCUCCAAGUCCUUCAGCGACCAUGGUUUCUAUUCUCCUUCCUCCACACUGGCAGACUCUCCAUCCGUUGAUGACCCCUUAGAAUAUCAGGCUGGGCUCCUAGUACAAAAUGCCAUUCAACAAGCCAUAGCUGAGCAAGCAGACAAGGCUGGGUCCCAAACCAGCAAAGAGGAGGCCGUAUCCCAGGGACCUGAAGCAACUCUAGAGGGAGCUGAAGCCAGGGCUUCUGGAUCCCAGAAGCCUCGAGGCAUGUUUGCCCCACCUCAGGUGUCCUCUCCUGUUCAAGAGAAAAGGGAUGUCAAACCAAAGAUCUUGCCUGCCGAGGACAGGGCUCUCAGGGAGAGGGGGCCCGGCCAGUCACCUGUGGCUGUGCAGCCCAGUGGCCCAGUCAACAUGGAGGAGACCAGGCCUCCAGAAGGAGGCUAUUUCAGCAAGUACUCAGAGGCAGCUGAGCUGAGAAGCACAGCUUCCCUCCUGGCUACUCAAGAAUCUGAUGUGAUGGUUGGGCCCUUCAAGUUGAGGUCAAGGAAACAGCGGACUUUGUCCAUGAUUGAAGAAGAGAUCCGAGCCGCCCAGGAAAGGGAAGAGGAGCUAAAGCGGCAGAGACAGGUCUUGCAGAGCACACCGAGCCCCAGGGCCAAGAACGCCCCAUCGCUGCCCUCCAGAGCCUCAUGCUAUAAAACCGCCCCAGGGAAAAUAGAGAAAGUCAAACCUCCUCCAUCCCCUACCACUGAAGGUCCCAGCUUGCAGCCUGACUUAGCUUCCGAAGAGGCUGCCGGAACCCAGAGGCCUAAGAACCUGAUGCAGACCCUCAUGGAAGACUAUGAGACACACAGAUCUAAAAGGCGCGAGAGAAUGGAUGAUAGUAGUGUCCUUGAGGCCACCCGGGUUAAUAGAAGAAAGAGUGCUCUGGCCUUGCGCUGGGAGGCAGGGAUCUAUGCCAACCAGGAGGAAGAGGACAACGAGUAAACUUUCAGCCCAGGAAACUUCUUUGGUGCUUGGGAUACCAAGAAACCAAGACAUGAUCAAAUCAAAGCAUUUUAAUGGACUCUUUAUUAAAAUGCACACAAACUCAGCAAUCCUUAUGUAGAUCAGAAGCUGCAAUACACAAUAAUGAAAAAAAUAAUAAUCAAAAAGGAAGUCAAUCCACCCAUCAAACUCUUGAGACCUAGGAAUCAGCAGAGAAAGGAUUUCUUUGUGACUCAAGAAGAAACCUCUGGAUUGGGCCCCGUCCACAAUUGAUCCAAAAGGACAGAGACAUCACAAGCAAAUCAAUCUAAUUGCUGCCGGCAGAACCAAGACCAGCCUGGCAGGGUAAAGACAGAGAACAAUGGCAAAAGGCCACCAGGAGGGCAGUAGGUCCCCAGCUGGUGUAGUUGACAUGGUGUAGGCCAUUUCUCUGUUUCUUUCUGACCCUUGCUCUUGACACCAGAGGUGUUGGGUUGACUCCAUUUUCUCCAGCAGCCAUAAAAUGUGUUUCUCUCCAUCAUGCCCAAGAGGCAGUUAUGAUUCAAUCUCAACUUGCAUCUAAUUAUUUCUAAUUGGGAGCAAUGAAUGGUUUCAGUACAUAAAAUCUAUACCAGGAGGUUGAGAAAGGUGGAAGAGAAAGCCAAACCAAAUGGAUUAUUUUAGCUUUAGGAUCUUUCGUGUCUGCAUUUACUAUUGACUGAUCUGCAGUUUAGAACACAUUUCCACAGUUUUGUUUCUUCAUAGGAAAACUAUAUUUAGUGGGCAACAUCUAUUUUUAUGAUGGGAUGGGGGAAAUAGAAACAUGGGUAAAGUCUAUACACAUUGAACAGCUUGGUUCAAGAUGGCAGGGGUAUUUUUAGAGUGGCAAUAAUUGAAGACAAAAAGGGGGGGAAACUCUGCCUUGGAGAGGUAGAUGGCCAGAAGUAAAGAGGUGUUUAUAGCUAUUUUGUAUUAUAAAGUGGGCCUUAGAAGUAGUAGGGAGGAAGGAUCAGUUGUUUGGGAUCUAUCAGAAAGGAAGUAUAUAAAUGUCAUGGAGGUAGAGAGAGAAAAAUGGAGGGAGGGGGAAAGAGUAGGAAAAUAAGAAAGUAAGAUUAUUUUUGCUGAGCAACCAGUGUUUUUUCAGAACGAUAAAGAGAAAACUAUAGAAUAGAAAUUUAAGUGCAGGCUUGGAAUCAGCUACAAAUCCUAAAGAUGGUGUGUGUGUGUGUGUGUGUGUGUGUACACAUACACCUUUGUGUGUUUGUGUGGAAUGCGUUCAAGAAUAAGAGUGAAUGUGUGUGUGUGUGUGUGUGAGAGAGAGAGAGAGAGAAAAUUCCAGAUUGAUCGUGACAUAGGGGUGUACAGUUAUUUCCUCCAAAGCUGUCUACUAGCUUCAGGAGCAAGUGAGAAUUUCUUUUUUAUGAAAAGGGAUAUAACGGCACUGAGCUGAUGCAGUAUUUAUAAUAUUAAGUUGACCUAACAUGGUAUUUGCAUGAGUCACAAUUGCAGAGUUUUGAGCAGUUUUGUAGCUUGACAUUUAGGAACAUAUCCUAUUUAUUCCAUGCUUUAUAUUCAUGCUUAGUCUACUAGAGAGGAUGCCAGCUUUACUUGUUCUGUCUUUUAAAGCAAUAUUAUAAGGGCGUUCACUUAACUGGGUGCCCUAAAUUUCUGGAUGAGAAAUGUUCUAUUUCUGAUCACGAGGGGGAAUAAAUACCUAACAAGCCUUCAUUAUUUUUCCUUUGUUUUAAAACUAUGGUUUAAGAAAAGCAAUAAUUAAAUUAGACCUCACUAUAAUUCAUUUGUUUUCAUAGUAUGUCAUAAACUGUAAUAUGUUAUUCAAAUAAGUUGCAAUUCCACAAAACGUAUAUGUAGUGCUAUACACAUUAUGUUGCUUUUUUAUUAGACGAGUGUUGACUUCGGGUGGGAGAGAAAGCGUAUUCGCAGACCAGUGGUGGGCACAAGAUCAAAAGAUGGGAUUGUACAAUCCUUUAAAAUGGUCCAGGGAGACUGAAGUGAAGAGCCAAACUUUGCAGAUGAUAGCUAAAGUAGCACAUGGCAAUUUUUAGAUGAUUUAUCAUCCUCCCAGCCUGAAGGUGGAACAGUCAACAGAAUAUUAGCCAUUGAUGACACAAAGCAAAUAAGUUCCCUGCUGUAAGGAAUUCAUUUUCUAGUGCUGGAGGCUGCUAUAGAGACAAACAUUCCCAGAAAAAAUGGCAUCUUGUCUGGAGGCAGAUCGGAACUCCUGCUUCCUCGGAGUGUCUGAGAAAGGAGGACCAUUUUUGUCUAUGAAUUUCCAGUUGGAGGUUCCAGAUGUCUGGACUGAGGUCCUCAUGAGGAGAGGUGUUCCCAGGAGAGACACAUCAGUAUAAGAACAGAGGAGGCAACAGCAUCCUAGCCCCAGGCACAGCACCUGUUAGAUGGCUAGAGAGUAGUCUGGUUCUGUGGGCUGCUUUGUGUGGAGGCUUCGUGUUUUCUGAAAGGAUCUAUUUGGGACUGUAGGCAUGGAGUUUUGUUUCUGUUUGGAAGGGGCUAUAAACUCAUGGGAGGGAAAGCCAUGGUUGUGGAGAAGAUAGUUUACAGCCAAGAGGAAAGCUUAGGUCACAAAACUCAGGCAGUCACUUGGUAAGGCAGAUGAUUAAGUACACUUGACUACAGUUGAUUGUCUUCCUUAAGGAAUAACAGUUUCAGAGCUGGAGUCUUUUGGGCCACACUGCAGGUAUAGAUGAGGAAAUCAAUUUGGUUUCUGUGAAUUUUAACUAUGAGUUCCUCUACUACCAUCUUUUGGAGUUCUCCUACAUGCCUUCGGACUACUUUCUAAUUUCCUUACCCACCUCACUGAUUAUCCUGUAAAUUACAGUUCCCUAGGGUAUGCCAGACUUUCUCUGUGCUCUUGAGUUUUGCUCAUUCAAGAAACACCAGGCCGUCACUUUGGACACAGCACUGUGCUAGGCUCUAGGAUCCUGCAGGAGCCCCUGUAACCUUUUAAACAUAGCGCAAGGAGCCCUGGUGGAAGGUCAUUCCUGCUUCAUGAACCAAGAGGAAGAGGCUCAUGAACAACUUUGCCUCUGAAGCUCUGUCCACCCUCAACCAGCACACAUUGAUAACAGAUGUUUAGAUUCUUAGUGAUAUUAAAAACCUUCCUGAAAGUGUCCCAUGCUGCUGCAUUUAUAGACGUACACUUUCCUCUGAAGUGGACUAAGUACUGACAGGCCUUGCCUUUCUCAUGCAGAAAUUAUGGAAACGGGGUCUGUCCAUGGUAGGAGGUCUACUUGGAUGGCACAUGUAAUUUCCUUGCCUCUGUGUACCUAUGCAUGCUGCCCAUCCUCAGCCAUGGCAUAGAAGCAGUAUAUAGAGCAGUGUCCACACACACACACACACACACACACACACACACACACACCACACAAAGCAUAACAAGGGACACUAAAACAGUGUUGACUCUUAUCUCUAAAGACAUUUUUUUUCCAGUUGAAGGAUGAACUUAACUUAAGCAUAUAUUGAAAAAAAAUAGCCUAAGUGUUUAGAGAUGGUGAAUAUAUCCAGUUUUAGUUUCAAAACCAAUUUCCUGAAUUCUAAGUAUUCAGUAAGCUGCCAAUUUUGAUCUUGUGUUGCUCUUUACCCACAUGAGUUUUUUUCUUUGUUUCUUUUUAUUAUUAUUAUUAAUUAGAGGAGGGGAGGGGGAGGGAGAAGCAGCAAU